UAAAGUUUCAUCACCAAAACUCCCCAAAUCCCUAACCCAAAAUCCAUCCCCAAUCUGCUCCCCAUAAUCCCAUAUCAUUCCUCUGUUCUCUCUUUCUCCUUCGUCCCUCUUGUCGGUCGCCCUAUCAUCGUUGGUGCCCCCGUCCGUCGUCGCUGCUCCGGCCUCUCUUUUCUUUCUCACAUUCCUCCCUCUCGUCGUUCGCCCUAUCAUCUUCGGCGUCGCUGCUCCGGCGUCCCUGUUCGUCGUCGCUGCUGCGGCCUCACUCGAUCUUUGCUCCUCCAGAAUUUUCAGAGUCCAUUAUCUGGAUUGCAAGAGGCUGAGGAAUUACCGAUCCUGGAGCCAGCAAUUCAGGUAAGAGGUUCUUCCCAAACCUCUCAUUCUACUCCAAUGCCAAGGCUAGAGAUAUCUUUUUUUUGAAGGAACAAAAUUGAGAUGGUGGAUCUGCAAAGGUGAGAGGUUUUUUCAAUAUUAUAAUAUAGUAGCAAGACAGAAGAUCAGUCUUGCAGCAGCCUAUCUCAAUGAUACAUCUGACUCAUGGUAUCAAGGUUGGAUGAAGAUGAGGAGAUUUGAGGCUAAUUGGACCAAACUAUGUGACUGGUUUGGAGAGAAGUCUAUGACUGAUGUGGUUGAAGAAUUUAAUAAACUAAAGCAGAAUGGAUGGAGUAUCAAAUCCGGUUUGAAGAAUUAAGGUCCUUGAUGUUGACUACACAACUUGUAACAGAGCAAUACUUUGUUUCCAGUUUCAUCAGUGGCCUCAAGGAUGAAAUAAGGCCAACUGUCAAAAUGAUGCAGUCUGCAACUGUUAAGCAGGCUACUGAGAAAGCAAGGUUACAGGAGCUUGCAUUAGAAACAAUUUUCAAAAAGCACAAGAUCCUCUCAAAAAGUCAUCUUUCGAUCAGUCAGGAGUCUGAAGAAAAUUGCUGGACUGCAACCUCAGGACCGAAUCAGGGAAAUGUGAAUCCUAGGGUUUAUACUAACCCUAAUUUUGUCAAAUCUCCUAUUAUGGAGCAAAGGAAACAGUUAGGAUUAUGCUGUGGAGAAAAAUUUAGUCCAGGACACUAGUGCAAAAGACAAUUAUUAUAUAUGGAAGGAGUAGAUGAAGAAGAAGAGCAGGAGCAAGUAGGGAUUGGAUAAAGAAGGCUAUUUCUGUAAUAUCUUGGGGCCAAUAAAUUUUUCAAGGUAGGGGGAUUGUCACGACCUCAGGGACAUAUUAGUAAUUGUAGUAGUAAUGCAAUUCGUGUAUUGUACACUAUUACUGCUAUUCGUGAUUGUACCUUUCAGUUAAUCACUAAAACUGAAAGAUAAGAGCCUAUAAAUAGCCUAAGUCCAGAGGAUGGGAAGGGUUGUUGAGUAAUAACAGAUUCUUUCCCUCUCAAAUUCUCUCUCUUUCUCUCUCCCUCUGUUCUCUCUGAAUUCUCCCUCCCUUUCUAUUCUCUCCCCCCUGAUUUCUUCCAAAUUCCAGAACAAACCCUAGGCUAAGUCUAGAUACCUGACAAUAAGAACAUGGCAUUCUUCUGUUUAGGGUUUCAAUACCUUAGCCCAGCGGUUAAAGCCAUCUCUGUCGCAGCUCAAAGUCUUAAUCUGUUCUCCUGCAGUUCACAAGUCUUCUCUCCCCCUUUUUUUAUCUUCUGUGUCUUACUCCCUCAUAACCACACCUGCAAACUAUCAUUGUUGAUGACACAUCAUCAUAUGCCGCCUCUUCAGUAAAGAUAUCUCCAGAAGCAAUUUCCAGUUUGUAAAAUCCCUUAAAAACCAAUCCAAAGUGUGUUUGACAGUAUAGAAUGGAACUGAAUACCAUCAAAGAUGCAUUCGAUCGUGUCACAAAGAAGCAAAAACUGUCUUCUUCCAAAUCUCAAGAAUUAAUUGAACAGCUUGGCCAAGAAAUAGAGCAGGCACUUUUGGAAAUAAAGUCGGUCAAUGACACUACAUCCCAGUAUGAUCAUAAAUUGAUCUUCACUGAACUAGCGACCAAGUUGAAUGAUAUUGCUCCACUCAGUCAGGUGGAGAGCACACAGAAGGAGUUGAAUAUAGCACUCAGCAGGUACCCAAAGAUCCUCGAGAAAUCCUUCAAUCCAGACAUAUCCAAAGCUUAUCGGAAUGUCGACUUUGAUACUCACACAGUUAACCAGAUCAUUGCCAGCCAUUUCUACCAGGAGGGCCUUUUCGAUAUUGGUGAUUGCUUCAUUGAUGAGGCUCAUGAAACAGAUGCGGCUGUUAUGAGAACUCCAUUCCUAGAAAUGUCCAAAAUACUUGAAGCAAUGAAGUAUAGAAACUUGGAGCCAGCACUGAACUGGGCUGCUACCAAUCAUGAUAAAUUGAUUCAAUGUGGAUCAGAUCUGGAGCUGAAACUUCAUCGCUUGCAGUUUGUGGAAGUACUACAGAAGAGAGGAAGAGAUGAAGCUCUCAAUUAUGCCAGAACAUUCCUUGCUCCAUUUGCUUCCAACCAUAUGGCUGAAGUCCAAAAGCUUAUGACAAGUCUACUGUGGGCUGGAAAGCUUGAGAGUUCCCCCUACUCUGAAUUGUUGUCGGCAACCCAUUGGAGUAAAUUGGCUGAGGAGCUGACCCUGCAGUUCUGCAAUAUCUUGGGACAGUCUUAUGAGAGCCCAUUGAGCGUGACAAUAGCUGCUGGAGUGCAAGGGUUGCCAACCCUACUGAAGCUGAUGAAUGUGAUGACAGUGAAGAAGCAAGAAUGGCAGUCAAUGAAGCAGUUGCCUGUGCCAGUAGAUUUGGAUCGUGAAUUCCAAUUCCACUCUGUCUUUGUCUGCCCUGUGAGUCGUGAGCAAGCAAGUGAAGAGAAUCCACCAAUGUUGUUAUCGUGUGGGCAUGUGCUGUGCAAGCAAUCCAUCACAAAGCUGUCGAAGAAUAACAGCACCAGGCCCUUCAAGUGUCCAUAUUGCCCAUCUGAGGCCGAGGUAGGAAAAUGUAAACAGUUGUAUCUCUGAUUGGCACCCAGUGUCUAUGCAGGUGGUGUCGGGCCCCUUUCUCUCAAGAAUGUACUGAAUCAUGUUAUGUGGAGAGAGUUGGUAUGGUGAAUAUUUCUAGUCAGAAUUUGAUUUCGUUGAUGGUCUUUUACUGCAAGGGGCGGUCGUUUAUAUCCCUGGACUUAUAGUGUACUUCGUUUAUGAUUCAGUGUAUGUAUAUAGAUAUUCUUUGGCA